AUGGAGACGAUCAAUGAAGAAGAAGAUGGAGAUGGUGGUGAUGAUGAUGAGGGAUUUUCGAGAGAGAUUUUGAUCUAUCAUGUUGGAGAUGUACCAAGUCAAGCUCCUAUGUGCUUCUUUGAAAAAUGGAGAGACUCCAUUGAGAAGAAGAUGGAGGUGGCGGUGAUGAUAAUGAGGAAUUUUCGAGUGAUUUUCAUCUAUCAUUUGGAGAUAUACAAAGUUGAGCUCCCAAGGCAAACUCCAGCGAUUAAUUCGGGUAAGGUUAUCGAUGUUAAUAAGGAUGCACGCCACCUCCCAGCUCGGAUUACUAUUGCUAACAGGGGUGACCACACGACCACUACCGGUGCACUAUUAGUAAGCCUCGACGACCCGGCCGAGCCUAAGGAUAGGGAGGCAGGCCUUCAUCGCCAAGAUGGCUUGUGA